AUGGAUCCGACCAGCCACGGCCCUUUAGAUGUGAACCAACACGGACGUGUGCGGGCUUCUGUGUCAAGCAUCUUUGCGGGUGCUUUAGUCUCAGACACUUUAAUCCAUCAUCGUCCUGACUUUGAUUUUCCACAAACUCUGCCGCAUAACACAGGCCUCCAACAUCACCAAAACACCCUCCAUAAUAGCCACAAUCAACAUCUGCCUGACUUUGCCGGGUUUACAGCCAGUUUCCACGAGUCGACACUCCUUGCAUCGUCGCCCGUCUUGACCGUCUCGUCGUUUGAAGCAGAUCUUGCCCGUCCCAACACAGCGGCAUCCAAUCCGCAUUACCUGUUCCCACGCCGGCGCGACGCGGACGCCGAGUCUGUGCACUCUGUAGAUUCAGCCACAACUGCACUUUCUGCUGUUUCUGUUGCCAGUAUAAGUGUGCACGGUAAAUCGCGGCGGUCAGUAAGUAGCAGUGCGCGGUCUGGGAGUACGACGCCGUCGCAGCGCAAGCUUAUGGAAACGUUGUCGUCGUCACCUUCAAGUACGUUUGCAUCCCUGGCCCAACGCCAGGUACGUAAAGUGUCGUCGGCCAUGUCUUUUUUUUCAAGAAGACGGUUGUCUGCUGCAUCUGGAUCUCCGUCUAUCUCGACGCACAGCCCGGUGUUGGAUGCGCAGAGCAAGGAUUUGCCAGACGAUUUAGAAGAAGAUGAGGGGGACUAUGGAGGGCCAGUUUCAGUGUUAUUGCAUGGAGAUAUCAGUGGUGGUUUCUUGAGGGAGAUUCAAGAAGACUUAAAUGGCCAAACUGACCAAACUGACCAAAUUGAUCAAAUCGACCGAAAUUAUCAAAAUAAUCAAAAUAAUCAAAAUGAUCAAAAUAAUCAAAAUAAUCAAAAUAAUCAAAAUAAUCAAAAUAAUCAAAAUCUCAUUUCCAUGCCCAUAGGCGUGCCAGAUUCGGAACAAAACGACAUGCACAGUCAACAACCAGAGCACUCGAGAACCCCGUCCCAAACGACUGUAAUUCCAGAUUCGUUGGCCCUUUUGGACCCUCCUGCUACACCAGUGCUGAGCCGCGGGUCCUUUAAUCCUGGGCCAAACCUUGUUCACAGCCAUCACUUACACCAUAACCACAACCACCACCUCCGCAUUUCUCCUUCCCAACAACCUUCUCAGUGCGGGGCUCCCCAACACACAAUCUCAUCUACUACCACAACUGCCUGUUCCUCUACAACCACUCCCACCAUCCUUCUGUCGCCAUCAGUAUCUUCGCAUAAACUAGCAAUCAUGGUAACCGAUAAUCAAGCAGAAAAAGAAGAUAUUCUCCCCGAUGCUGGAAAAAAGAGUCCGGUUGCAGCCACGGCUUCGCCAGUCUUAUCUCGCUCGGCCUCUAAAGCAAGCCUCGUAUCCUCUAGGGCAUUGUCCAUCCAAGACCUUACAAAGCUGGCAUCUGCAUCUCUUGAGGCUGCAUCCCUAACUCCGACCUUGGAUUCUUCAUCUCCAGGACCUGCUAUUGCCCGACAGACAACGUUUGCUGUGACGACACGCAGUCGAAGUGGAAGCAGUAGCGGUAGUGGCAGCAGCGGGGGGAUCGUCAUGACAUCGUCUGUAACUACCAUUCAUCAUCAUCAUAAUAGUCAUCAUAAUAGCAACUAUCAUUAUCACCACCGUGACCACGCCACUCCAGGAAAGCGACUGCCCUCACGCAAGUCUAUGACGGCUUUGGCCCGUUCCGGUGGCUCACGCAACGCCUCUCAGUUAUCGCUUGCAGAUUUUGUCGGGUCUUCGCGGUCGUCACUCAAGCGCAACUCGCUUGCGAGCCAAAGCACUAGCACACUUGCUAGCCCACGAUCCAAGCCUGAACCGCUGACUUUGUACACAGGGCCUUCGUCUCGGAGACCCUCCUCGGCAGUUAGCGCAAUCAACUCCACAGUGGAUUCUGGGAGCCGGCACCAGUCGCUGUCCGAAGUUGCAGCAGGAAUGUUGAGCCCGCUGCUUGCUCGGACAGGCUCGCGUGUAUGGGAAGAGAUUCGCGAGAGCAAAGGUCAAGGGUGGUUGUCGACAUCACGAGCGCCGUCAGUUGGAUUUUACGAUGAAGAUGAGCGCGAGGCAUUGCGAGAAAUUGAAGAGGCCGAGGUUCAAAGUCGGCUAGAGGAGUGGCGGGAGCCUGAUGAGCGUGAUGAUGCUGAGGGUCUUUUGUUUGAAGAACAGAUGUCAAACAAUGCUGAAGAGGAUUAUAACCCAUUGACGUACCAAUCGCGGACUAUGGUUGGGGUCGAGAUUGAUGACCGUGAUAGUGAUACCGAGAGCGAGAUUUUGGGUGAGUCUGGUAACUCUAGCGAUGAAGACGAUGGUGAGCGGAUUUUGCACAUUGGCGAUUUGCGCAAACUAAAGCGAAAGCUUCAAGCUCAAGAGAAGAUUGAUGAGGAGAGGGAAAAUGAGGAUAUUGUUAAAGUUGCUACAGCUUCCGGCGAGGUUCCUGGUUUUGGCGGGUCCGAGUACCUUGACCUUGGGCGCAGGACUCCCAAGAAAGAAGAAGAAGAAGAAGAAGAAGAAGAAGAGGGAGAUUAUUCUACAUCCGACAACGACUCAGACGACGACGACGCCGAACUUUUAUUGGAACCCUCUCAUAAUGUUUUCUUUGAAGUCGUGGAUUGGGUUCUGGGACUUGGUCAUGAAAGCGUUUCGUUCAGUGUGCCGAUGGCUGUUCAGGCGGCUUCAGCCAAGGCCCGUGCGCGCGCUGCUGCUGCUACGGCCGCUGCUGCUGCCGCGGUUGCUGCUUCCGCCGAAUCGGGCUCCUCUGGGAUUGGAGGCAAGGCCGAAGAGGCUGAGGCUGAAAUGCGGCGACAAGAAGCCGAGUAUAAGGCUCAGCGACGGCGGGUCCGGCGCUUAGAGCGGCGCCGAGCAGCGGCUGCGAGUCGGGCACGGCAACAAGAACGGCGGGAUGCAGAACAGGGACUGGAGUUUGAUGUAGGGCUUGCACUUGGGUAUGCGGCUUACCUGGUAACUUAA